UUCUUUUUCCAUUUCUGCAGAGCAUAUAUUCCUUGUGGAAAAACCAAAGAAAACACAAGUCCCAUAAAAUCUGCAAAAAAAAAUUGAAGAGUGUUCAAAAGCAAGCUGAAUAUUUACAGAUAAGUUAUUUUUAAUUAUUUCCUCAAUACAAUAUUUAAAAAAAAAAAAAAAAAAAAAAAAAAACAAGAAUCUUGGUUGAGGAGAAGAAUUAUUUACAGCUGAAUAAAGGGUGUCUUUUUUUUGUUCUUUCAAUUGGGCUUUGCUUGUUUAUUGAGCUGUUACAAUUUAAAGGAGAAAAAAAUUGGAUAUAUAUACUGUUUUAUUUGUGUUUUUGUGAUUUUGAAGAAUACCCUUUUGAAUUUAGGGUGCUAAAUCUCAGUUCUUUAAGUUAUUUUGUAAAAAAGAUUGGAUUUUUUUGGUUUCUUGGCUUGUUGGUUCUGGUGGAUUUGUCCUGUUUUUAAGUUUCUAUUUUGGGUUGGUGAAAAAUUUCCUUAUUUGGGUUUUUUUUUUUUUCUUGAUUGAUUUUAGUAGUCUUUGAGUUUGGUUCUUGAUUUUCUAAUUUGGUGCAAAGACUCAAUUUUUAUACCAGUUAAGUCCUGUUACUUGGUUUUUGAUUCCUAAUCUGGUGCAAAGACUCAAUUUUUGUACCAGUUAGGUCCUGUUACCUUUCUAUUUUUAUUGACUUGGAUUGAAAUUAGUUUAAGUUGUUCUAUUGUAAGCUAUAAAUUUUGGGAAAGUUGGAAUUGUUGAGCUAAGAAUGGGGAAGGAAAGUUGGAAAAAGUCGAAAAAGAUAGGAGGUAAAUCUGGUGAAAAUAGUAGUAGUCCAAGAGCAUUUGAUAAAGACACUGCAGUUUUCAUUGCCAUGUCAAAGGAACUUAAAGAUGAGGGGAAUAAGUUAUUUCAGAAAAGGGACUAUGAAGGUGCCAUGUUGAAGUAUGACAAAGGUAUCAAGUUGCUUCCGCGGAGCCACAUAGAUGUAUCGCACCUCCGUAGUAAUAUAGCUGCGUGUUACAUGCAGAUGGGACUUAGUGAAUACCCGAGGGCGAUCAACGAAUGCAAUUUGGCUCUUGAAGUCGCGCCGAAAUAUAGUAAGGCACUUUUGAAGAGAGCUAGGUGUUAUGAGGCUCUAAAUAGGCUUGAUUUGGCGCAGAGAGAUGUGAAUAGGGUGCUUGAGAUGGAGCCGAAUAAUCUCAUGGCGACUGAGAUUGCAGAGAGGGUGAAAACAACCAUCGAGCAAAAAGGCAUUGGGAUGAAUGACGUUCCGGUUGACUUGAUUCCGGUACCUGAAUAUGUUGAACCGCCUUUCUCUUCAAGUAAGGCUCUAAAGAAGAAAAGCAAGAAAGUAGAGGAGAAGAUGGUUAACGGGAAGGCGGACGAGAAGAAAUUCGACAACGGAAUCGAUUUAAAGCAAGAUGAUAACAGAAAUGAGGAAAAGAAUGCUGAGGAACGGAAAGCUAAGGAGAUGAAAGUUGAGAUUAGGAUUGAUGAAAAUAAGGAUAAAGACCAGACUCCGGAAGAAAAGGUUGACGACAAGAUGAAGAGAAAGAAAGCUAAGGACAAGAGUAAGGAAAAGAAGAGUAAGGACAAGAUCGAGGUAAAUAAGGCUAAGGAUCGGAAUGAGGAGAACAAAGAUGAGGACAAUGAGGAGAGGAAAACUGAAGAUAAAUUGGUGGUGGAGGAAAUUAUCAGUCAUACCCCAGAAGAAGAGCCAAAAAGGACGGUGAAACUAGUGUUCGGGGAAGACAUAAGAUGGGCCCAAGUUCCUCUGAACUGCAGCAUCUUGACACUGAGGGAGAUUAUAGAUGAUCGUUUCCCGAGCUUAAAAGCAGUCCUAAUCAAGUAUCGGGACCAAGAAGGUGACCUAGUUACAGUGACGACAAACGAGGAGUUAAGGUGGGCUGAAUCUUCUGUUGAACAUGGUUCUAUAAGAUUCUAUAUCGUGGAAGUUAAUCCGGAGCAGGAUCCUUUCUAUAAGAAGAUCAAAGGGGUGGAAGACGAUCAUAAUAAAAUUGUUGAGAAUGGAAAUGGUGAAAGAAGCCAGGAAUUGCAUGAUGGACCAGUUUGCAUUAAUGAUUGGAUCUUUCAGUUUUCUAAUUUGUUUAAGAACUAUGUUGGAUUUGAGUCCGAUGCUUAUCUGGAUCUCCAUGAAGUUGGAAUGAAGCUAUACUCCGAGGCCAUGGAGGAGGCAAUCACAAGUGAAGAAGCACAAUGCCUUUUCAGCACAGCUGGAGAAACGUUUCAGGAGAUGGCUGCUUUGGCAUUGUUCAACUGGGGUAAUGUUCAUAUGUCCAGGGCACGGAAGAGGGUCUACUUGAAAGAAGAUAGUUCGGGAGAAUCUUUGCUUGCUCAGAUAAAAAUUGCUUAUGAUUGGGCUCUAAAAGAAUAUUCAAAAGCAGGAGAGAGAUAUGAAGAGGCAUUAAAUAUCAAACCAAAUUUUUAUGAAGGUAUCCUUGCUCUAGGGCAGCAGCAGUUUGAGCAGGCAAAACUUUCUUGGUAUUACGCGAUUAGCGCUGGUGUCGAUUUGGAUUCUUGGCUUUCUACUGAAGUUAUUCAGCUUUAUAACAGUGCUGAGGAAAAUAUGGAAAAAGGUAUGCAGAUGUGGGAGGAAGCCGAGGAGCAACGUUUGAACGAAUUAUCAGAAACGCAUUUGCAGAAGAUGAAGUCGGAGAAUUUGUUCAAAGGAAUAUCUGCAGAUGAAGCUACUGAGCAGGCUGCAAAUAUGAGGUCUCAGAUAAAUUUACUAUGGGGUACGAUGCUAUACGAACGAUCACUUAUGGAGUUCAAACUUGGGCUUCCACUCUGGCAAGAAUCUGUGGAAGUUGCUGUUGAAAAAUUCGAAUUAGCCGGAGCUUCUCCGACAGAUAUUGCUGUUAUGAUAAAGAAUCACUGUUCCAACAGUACUGCAACAGAAGGGCUGGGAUUCAAUAUUGACGAGAUAGUACAGGCAUGGAACGAGAUGUAUGAAGCAAAAAGAUGGGAAAGAGGGGUACCUUCUUUCAGGUUGGAACCAUUGCUUCGGCGACGAGUUUCCAAGCUGUAUCAUGCCCUUGAAUUAGCAUGAGCUCUUGUUAUGGUGUCAGAGGAAUCAAGAAAGAAACUCGCUAUUACCGUUGUUGUUGCACCGAAUCUGCUUAUACUCACUGGGAAGGAAUCUCUGUGCAUCAGCUGUUAAUACAGGUUUUGGGAUUUGGACCUUGUGACACUUGGAUUGUUCAUUACCUUUUUUCGUUCCAUCAAGUUUUUA